AUGAAAAUUCUCCGCCCACUUGAUUUUCUUGAAAAGAUUUACUUAAAACUUCAAUUAUCAAAUAUUUAUGGAUGCAAUGUUCAUUUCAUAAUUCUUUUCCCAGCUCUUGAAAAAAUCAUUUCUAAAACCCCUCAUUUGUGUAUUUCAAUUAAAGAUGCAAAGACAUCAAACCCACAAUUUGUC